AUGAGUUCGGUGGAUGGGGUCGACCUUGGUGGUGCGAAAUGGAAGUCCUUCAAACAUGCGGUGACGCAUGAGAAAGACGACAAGGAGGUAGAGAAGGAUUGGUGGAGCAACAACCGUUGGAAAGAACGCAUAAAAGUUGAGAAGACACCCAAGGGUCCUAAUGUCAUUAUACCCCAACAGGAGAUGGAUAGAUUGGUGAGGAGAUGGGAGAAGGCGUUAAUUGUCAAGUUGUUGGGUAGAAUGAUCCACCCAGAACUCAUGGAGUCAAAAGUGCAAAAGGUGUGGGCAAGAAUGGGGGACGUCACAGCUAUAGAUGUGGGAUCAGGCUUCUUUGUGAAGCAAGUGUUUGAUCCUAAGGGCGAGGAGAUAAACAAGAUUGUUGCAUGGAUUCGUAUCUCCAAACUCUCCCUAGACUUUUAUGAUAUAGGGAUUUCACAUGUGCUAGGGUCGCAAGUGGGAGGAGUUCUGAAAGUUGAUAAAACCACUCUUGGCAAGAAAAAGGGAAGAUUUGCUCGUAUAUGCGUCAAACUUGACUUGUCUACACCGUUAUGUCCUAUGAUCCUUGUUAAUGGGAGAGAGUCCAAGAUUCAGUACAAGAGCAUCUACCUCAUUUGCCUUAGAUGUGGAAGUUAUAGGCAUGAUGCGGACCAUUGCCCUAGUGGAAUGAUUGAUGCGAGAAAUGAAAACACCACUAGGGGUGACGUGGCGGAGUUGACAAAACAGAGCGACGAUAUGACGGGAGAAGGGGAGGAGGGAAGAAGCACGACGAAAAAGGAGACCCCCACUGUUACUCCCUUUGAGAGCUGGAUGGUGGUAGAACAGACUCGACGGUUCUGA